AUGGGGUCUGAGGCCAUCGCGGACCACUAUCAAGUCCUCGAGGAGCUUGGUCGGGGCAGCUUUGGAGUUGUGUACAAGGCCAUUGAGAAGGCGACCGGCGAGGUCGUCGCCAUCAAGCAUGUGAGGAACCCGAGCCGCCAACGAACCCGGCGACCAAACAUCGAUCUCGAGUCGACCGACGACGACAUCCAAGAUAUCCAAGCCGAGAUCUCCGUCCUCAGCACAUGCGCGAGCUCCUACGUAACGCAAUACAAGGCCAGCUUCCUACGUGGCACGAAACUAUGGAUUGUAAUGGAAUAUCUCGGAGGGGGUUCGUGUCUCGAUCUGCUCAAACCCGAGCCCUGUACCUUCAACGAAGCGCAUAUCGCUAUUAUAUGUCGCGAGCUGCUCCGCGGCCUCGAAUACCUACACGCCGAGGGCAAGAUACACAGAGAUAUCAAGGCCGCCAAUGUCCUCCUCUCGGAGUUAGGUAGGGUCAAGCUGGCUGACUUUGGCGUGGCAGCUCAGCUUACGAAUAUCAAAUCGCAACGAAACACCUUCGUCGGGACCCCCUUCUGGAUGGCGCCAGAGGUGAUACAACAAGCCGGAUACGACUUCAAGGCCGAUAUAUGGUCCUUGGGAAUCACCGCCCUCGAGAUGGCCAACGGCGAGCCGCCACACGCCAGCCUCCACCCCAUGAAGGCUCUAUUCCAUAUCCCGAAGAGCCCUCCUCCGAAGCUAGAAGGCAUCUUCUCCAAAGACUUCAAGGAUUUCGUCACCCAGUGCCUUAUGAAGGACCCGGACCGAAGGCCGUCGGCGAGGGACUUGCUAAAGCAUCGGUUCAUCAGAUCGUCGGGCAAGGUGGAGGCAUUGCAGGAGCUGGUCGAACGGCGACGCACGUACGAUGCUACGAAGAGCAAGAAAAAGGGCAGGUCGUUCUAUCAGGAGACGCUGCAGGACCUAUCGCCGAAGGAUGAGUACGAUGAAUGGGUCUUCGACACCGUCAAAUCCGUUGUCCACAAGAAGACGACGGUCAAAUCCCGGAAACCAUCAUCAAUUUUCUCCACCGAAGAAGCAUUGCGGAGGUUGGACCUGAAGGACGCGCCACUGCAACCCUUAUCACCCACCCCCACCACUAUGCGCAAAGCUACCACGCGAAGACAAUCAUCCUUCGCGCAAACAUCCCCUGCCGGAUCCGUACGCGGGCCUCCGGCCCCCGCGUUGAGGCGGCCGCUCCAGCCAGACAUGUCGUUUGGCAACUGCGGUUCGUCGCAGCGCCUAUUUAGACGAGUGCCAUCCGACGGUUCCGCUUCUAGUCAGGUCACGUCUGCCAAUUUCAUCGAUAUCGCCUCGGACGAGAAUAAGCCCCCGGGUGCGGUGGAGGCGACCAGCAAGGAAGCCGUUCUCGGGCGUCGCCUUUACUUCAAGGCAGUGGAACCCACGUUGGCAGAACUACACGCCCAGACGUCGAAUAUGGCGAAGCGGGAGGCGCUGGCCAAAUUGUCCGACGCCCUCGCUCUGCUCGACUCCGUGGACCCCGAAGGCGCCUAUCACCUCGUGCGCAAUCUCAAUGCCACCAUCACUCAAGAUACAAAGUUAUCGGACGCUUUCUUGCCCACUGCUACGGGUUAUACCGGCUCCGUGAAGGGGUCCGAUGGUGUAACGCCACAAGGCACGGUAGUCGUUAAGAGCCCGCCGGCCAAGCAGAACCAAGCCCCGUCGAAACUCGUUCUCGCCACCAACAGUCCACAUCCCAAAGGUCACAGGCGACGCCAGGAGAGCGUGGCGUUCAAUGGCGCGGGCAGCCCCGAGAAGACGGUCUACCGGGAGAGAGACUCCGAGAAGGUCACAAUGCAAGCCAAGUACCCAGGGCGCGAGGCGUCACCCGGCAUGGAGCAUUGCAAACAGCUUUCCGACGUCCUGUACGGCCGCUGGGUGGACGGUCUACGCUUGCGGUGGCCUAACGCCUAG